AACGUCAAAGUCACGGACGAAUUAUGUCAUUGCAAUAAAAUGUAAAAUUAUUUGUUGAGUUUUUGUCCAUAUAAAUAACUUCAAAACAAAGAAACCAUGUAUAAUUUUAUGACGUAGUAUUUAAAUAAUAUUCUAACAUAAAUAGAUGACAAAUGCGCAGUGAUAUAUUGAUUUGACGAAGUGUUGUACAGUUUUGGAUUAGGUAAUUGCUUUGUGAUAAAAUACAAUGGCUGCAGCCUUAGCUAAUGAUUCGCCUAAAUAUCGCAACAGUUUGAUAUGUUGCAGUCCGCGCAGCGUGGAAGACGCAUCUAGAUCAUCUUCAUCUACAUCUGGUUGUGUUUCUGCAGACGAAAGCAUCGACUCAAACUACAUCCCAAAGUCUAUUGCUAACAAAAAGUUGAAGAUACACAGCGCAGCAACGCGUGAAGACAUUGAAAAGGCCAUAACUCAAUGCAAAGAACUGGUUCUAAGUAGUCCGCAGUGUUCCGACGAGCGAAAGUGGCUCGUACGAUAUUUGGUCGAGUUAAGAUUACGAUUGGAAGAUUUGAAAGACAACGAUGGGCAGUUACGGGCUAAAGUCACGAUAAAGGGCCACCAUUUCGAGCAGCAAAUUAAUAUAAGCAAUAGGAAGCAAUACUGUGAUCAUUGUAGCGGUGUUAUAUGGAGUAUUGUUCAGAGCUCUUAUAUUUGUACAGAUUGUGGUUAUGUAUGUCAUUAUAAAUGUGUAGAUGAUGUGUGUAGAGUGUGCGCGCAUGUUGUUAUGACAGAGAAGGGACAUUUUGAAAUGAAUAUAUGUCCCGAAAAGGGUUUAGCGGCACAGGAUUAUAAGUGUGCGGAAUGUCAGACCACACUAACAUUUAAAGACUCAUGGAAUGAACCAAGGCUGUGUGAUUACACUGGUAUGUACUUCUGUACUACAUGCCAUUGGAACGACUUAUUUGCAAUACCAGCAAGAGUAAUACACAAUUGGGAUUGGGAUAAACGCUAUGUGUCUCGAUUAGCAUAUCAAAUGCUUACAUUAUCUUGGUCCAGACCUUAUAUAGAUAUUGAGAAUAUAAAUUCGAAGUUAUUUAGUUUUAUAGCAGAGUUGGAAUGGGUUCACAAAAUGAGAAGGGACUUAGAAUGGAUGAGACGUUACUUAUGUGCUUGUGCGGAGGGAACAAAUCUAUUAUCACCACUAUUUAUGCAACUAGGCGAUGUAAAUAAGAAGUACAGUAUGUCACAUUUGCAAGCGAUUAACGAUGGAAGCUUAGAAACACAAUUGACUGAAUUGACGGAAAUAUGCCGCACUCAUAUAACGAAAUGUGCAUUGUGCUCUGGAAAAGGUUACUUAUGUGAAGUUUGUGGUAAUAAUGAGAUAUUAUAUCCAUUCGAUAGUGGGGCAAUAAUGUGCGAUCGUUGUAACUCUAUGUACCAUAGAGGAUGUUGGCUACGUAAGGGCCAGAAAUGCCUUAAGUGUAUCCGUGUUGAUGAACGGAAGAAGCUACAUGUCACAGAUGAUGUCGACACUACUUCGGAAUACGAAAUUGACAAAUUUGUACAAUAAUGCAUGUAAUAUUGUUUUAUUUAUAUUGUAAAUACUUGUAAGUUGACAUUGCCUAAGUAGGGAUUUUAAUUGGGUAGUUUCAAACUAAAUUCUAGUAUUUGUGAUACAAUAAAAAUAUGUUGAAUAGCAUUGUA